AUUGCCUCAAGUGGUGUGUAAGCAUCAUAGAUUUCAAUGUGACUUUAAUGAGCCUCUUCCUAUUCAUCACACAUAUCAUCAACUUGGAGAGAUUAAUAUUGCUGCCAUAGUUUCUGUAUUCUUUACAUUUUCUAAACCCAUUGAUUUCAGUCAACAUCCUUCUCAGGGAUUUCAUGAUGGACUUAUAGUAUUUUUUCAGAAUUACCAGCAUAUCCUGGCCUUAGUGUUUACUGUAAAACAAAUUAAUGAAAACUCCCAGAUUCUACCCAAUGUCACGCUGGGCUUCCACAUUUUUAACAGCCAUUUUAGUCCAAGCUGGACUUACUUUGCCUCAAUGUUGCUGCCUUUCACUCAGGGUAUAUUCAUCCCUAACUACAAGUGUGGGAUCACAAAUACCUUGGCUGCAGUCAUUGGUACACCUGACAUCUCUCUUCACAUGGCAACUGUAUUGGACAUCUACAAAUUUCCUCAGUUGACCUAUGGUCCUGCUCCAGUCAUGGAUAAAGAGAAUCAAGCUGUUUUCUUCCUACAAAUGUUUCCAGAUGAAUCCCACCAACAUAAGGGCCUCUUGCAGCUAUUGCUAUAUUUUAGAUGGAUCUGGAUUGGAAUUCUUGUCGUAAAGGAUGAGAAAGGAGAAAAAUUUGUCCAGGAAGUACUCCCCACUUUUUCUGAGCAUGGCGUCUGCACUGAAUUCGUAGCAGAGUUCCCAAAUGUAGCUUUUUACAGUGAUUUUACUGACACCAUAGAUGAAGGGCUACAUAUAUACCAUGUUCUCAUGAAUAGCACAGCCAAUGUGGUAAUUUUAUAUGGUGAAAUUCAGUCCAUGUCAGUUAUGAGAAGUUUCCUCCAGUUCUCAGAAGUGGAGGAUGUACCAAAGAAGAAUAAGAUCUGGCUUAUAACAGCUCAGACAGAUUACACUUCAAUUUCCUUUCAAAAAUCUUGGGAUAUCCAUUUCCUACAUGGUGCUUUGUCCUUUGCAGUUCACACAAAGGAGGUCCAAGACUUCCAGGAAUUUCUUGAGAACUUAAGUCCAAACAACAACCAACAUGAUCGUUUUCGGAAAGAUUUCUGGGAACAGGCAUUUGAUUGUUUCUUCUCAAACUCAAAAACUGAGACCUCUGAGAAGAAAUGUACUGGACAGGAGAGGCUUGAGACCCUUCCCACAUCUGUGUUUGAGACACACAUGAAUGGCCAAAGUUAUAAUAUUUACAAUGCAGUCCAUGUUGUAGCACAUGCUUUGCAAUCUUUGUAUUUAUCCAAAUCGAGGGAAAAAAUAAUAAAGAAGGAAGGAAGGAAACAGUUUCACAAUCAAGUAUGGUGGCAAGUUCAUUCCUUUCUGAGAAAUGUCAGAUUCAACAACAGUGUUGGUGAAAAGAUCUCCUUUGAUAAAAAUGGAGAAUUCAUUGGUGGAUAUGAUAUUAUUAACUGGAUCACAUUUCCAAACCAAUCUUUUCUUAGGGUCAAAGUUGGAAUGGUAGAUCCCACAGCUCCAGCAGACAAGUUCUUCAAUAUUUCUGUAGAUUCCAUCACAUGGCCAGUAGGCUUUAACCAGGCAUUACCUCUAUCUUUGUGUAAUGAUCCUUGUGAGACAGGAUACAGCAAGGCCAAGAAAGAAGGAGAGUUGUUUUGCUGCUAUGAUUGCUGUUUAUGUCCAGAAGGGAAAAUAUCAAAGGAGAAGGACAAGGAUGACUGCUCUCCAUGUCCAGAAGAUCAAUAUCCAAAUCCUGACAAAAAUAUGUGCAUUCCAAAGCGGAUCACUUUUUUGUCCUAUGAAGAACCCUUAGGAAUCAGUCUGACUGUUCUUUCUCAUUGCUUUGUUUUAAUGACAAUUUUGGUAAUAAUAAUCUUCAUGAAACACAAAGACACUCCCAUCGUCAAAGCCAACAACAGGAAUCUCACCUACACUCUCUUAGUUUUCCUCCUCUUCUCUUUCCUUUGUGUGUUUCUAUUUGUUGGGAGACCUGAUAAGAUUAUAUGUCUCCUACGACAACCAGCUUUUGGCCUCAUCUUUUCUGUGGCAGUUUCUUGUGUUUUGGCCAAAACCUUUGUUGUGGUUUUAGCAUUCAUGGCCACCAAACCUGGUUCCAAAUUGAGGAAAUGGGUUGGGGGAAGAAUGGUCAGUUUCAUUCUUCUAUCCUGCUCCCUUGUUCAAAUAUCUUUUUCUGCUGCAUGGCUGAUAAUGUCCCCACCAUACCCAGAUUUUGAUAUGAAGUCAAUGUCUGAAGAAGUCAUCAUGGAGUGCAAAGAAGACUCGGUCAUGUUCUACUGUGUUUUGGGCUUUAUGGGUUUUCUUGCUCUGCUUAGCUUCUCUGCUGCUUUUCUCUCUAGGAAUUUACCUGAUAGUUUCAAUGAAGCCAAAUUCAUCACCUUUAGCAUGUUGGUCUUCUGCAGUGUUUGGCUGUGUUUUAUUCCAACUUACCUAAGCACAAGGGGAAAAUAUAUGUUGGCUGUGGAGAUCUUUUCCAUGGUCUCCUCCAGUGCUGGCUUAUUGGUGUGCAUCUUUCUUCCCAAGUGUUUUAUCAUUGUGAUGAGACCUGAACUGAACAAUAAACAUCAGCUCAUGAAAAGAAAGUUUUAA